GAGGCAGCCAGCUAAAUACGUUGUUGGUGAUGGGCUGCAACCCAGUUUAUGUUGAGGUUGGGACAUUUGGACUACUGUUUUGUUAUCCUUAUUCAUGGCUAACUUUUGUUGCUCCAUUGAGUUGGAACCUAGGACAUUGAAGCAAGGCCAACUUAACCAUGCUAGGAUUUUAUUAUCAGUGAGGGAGAAGGACUACUCCAAUAUUAAGCGGAUUGCACAUCACUUUUCUGAUGAAAUGGCUGCAGAUGCAGCCCAGAAGAUGGAACAAAGAGAAUUCUCAAUUUUCAUCAGGGGAUUAAGCGAGAUUGAGCAGAUAAAAGAAAAUGAAAUCCAAUUACAAGAUGAUAGCCCGCAGAUUGAUCAAAGCAAGAAAAAGGAUCAGAUCACUGAAAACCCUUGCCAGUGUUCGUGCUCCGUUGUCAAUAAUGAAUGCCCAGAUAAUGGGAUGGAUUUCAAGGAGCCAGUUACUGCUCCCUUUUGAGGCAAAUUUAGUCAUUUGGGAUAGUAAGUGUUUGUAGUUAUUUGCUUCAUUUUUUUGUAAAAUAGUCGUUCCUAGAGUACUAGGAUUGAUUCUGCCCUUCUGGUUUGUAAAUAAGUUUGAUCCUCAGACAAUUAAAUAACAUUGGAAUGAUGUGAAGCUUUAGAUUUUUUUUUUUCUUUUUGUUUUGUAUAUAUUAGAUGAUGGAUUAUAUAAUAAGAGAUAGCAUUUUAU